CGGGAGGGAGGGUGCGGGCAGGGCCGGCCCCGGGGCCUCGAGCAGCGGCGGAACGGGCCCGGGGGGAGAGGGGAGGCCCCGGGGGAGAGGCCCCGGCCUGGACCGGUCCCAUCCCCGCGGGGUAGGCCGCUGCUGGGGCCGCGGCUCCCGGGAACCGCUCACGGCCCGGCCGUGCCCGGUGCCGUCUCGCCGCAGGCAUGCCAGGCCACACGGUGCAGGUGCGGGGCAUCCCCACCGACCUGCCCCCCGACAGGGUGGCCGACAAGCUCACCAUCCACUUCCUGCGCUCCCGCAACGGCGGCGGGGAGAUCGCCGACGUCCAGGUGCUGCCGGGAGCGCAGGCGUGUGCCCUCAUCACCUUCGAGGCGCUGGCAGUGGCCCAGAGGAUCCUGAAGGCGAAGAAUCACGUCCUGUCGAUCGGGGGCAAGAAAUAUCCCCUGGAAGUGACGGCGCACGUGGUGGAGCUGAGCCCCGAUGAGAUCUUUGUAUGCGCUUGCGUGGUGGUUGACUACGGCAAGCUCCCUGCUGGCAAAACCCUCCUGAAGAACUUGCAGAAAGGCCACAGCAGCGUGCAGCUCGACUUUGACUACAAGACCACGCAUUGCAGAGUCAAGGGACCAUUCACUGAGGUUCAGGCCUUCAGCAGCGACCUGCUGGGCAGCCUGAACCUCAAGAGCCAAGCAGCUGGAGCGACCCUGCCUCCAGGAUCCAGCCAUGUGGCCAAAGACACCAGAAUGCACGAUCACCAGCAAGUGCCUCCCUCCACUGAGUCAGCACUGAAGACAACAAAGCUGUCACGCUGGGACCACGUGAGCGAAGAGGCAGCUGGAGGCCCGUCACCUCGAGGCCCAGUGGAUGGGGAAGCUGUGGAACAGCUGGAAGACUUUUCCCUCGCGAUGGACUCGGACAUUUAUUUGUACAUGCAGAAGUUCUGUGCUGCCCAGUACCAAGGUAUGCUGCGGCAGUGUUGUGUGGAUGUGGUGGACAUUAGCAGUGAUGAUAUCACCAUACUGUACCUCCAGCCAUCCCCGGGGAUGUCUGGGGGCAUGGACGCCUUGCGACAGGCCCGCCUGGCCCUGCAGCAGCUCUACCAGCAACUGGAAGUGAGCCUGCGUAAGGAGAAGAUCUCAAAGCGGGGACUGGAUAUGGACAGCCAGGCACUUGGGGCUCUGACACAUGAGCUGCAGGAGCUGUACCCGCAGUUGCUCUGCCACGAGGAUGGGAAGCAGCUUUACCUUAUUGGAAACCUUGUCGAUGUCUCGCAGGCCAAGCAGUACAUCCAGCAUUUCAGCACCAGAAGCACCCCACAGACAGUUGUCAUGCUCAGCAGCUCCCAGCUCUCCCGGCCAGCAAUCUCCCGUGCCACAGAGGCUGCAGUGCACAAGCCCAAAGCUCCUGUGGACACCUCGUCUCCAAAACUGAGCCCAGGCAGGCCGGAAGGGAAAGCUGAGCACAAGCUAGCUGCCAACUUCAGCGCUCUGAAAACUGGCAAGUCGCAGGCUGGCCAGGGCCUCUUGCCGAACCGGGACUCUCCUCCAGUGGGGCAGGUGCAGCUUUCUGAGAAGAACUCAUCAGAGACACAUGCUCUGGGUCCCGGUGACCCCAAAGCACCAACCCAGCAGUACCAGCCUCGUGUCUCUGCACCGGCUGAGGUUUUGGGGUCAGCAGCAGAGUCUCAGCAGAAUGACCCCAAAGAACAGGACCCUGUGAAAGGAGGUGCCAGGCUUGCAAGACACAAGAGUCUGUCUGCCUUUGUGGGCAAAGAAAACAGUGCUUUGCAGCACGCCGGGGACUCCAAAGGCUCAGAUCCCACCAAGCACUAUUCCCUUGCUGACACCUCUAGUACCUUUCAGUCUCUGAGCCUCUUUGACACGACAAGGAACUCUUCUGCUUUUGACUCCAAACCCUCUGAAUCCAGACCUGUGCUGCGACGCUCCAACAGCUUCUCGCUGCCAAAGUCAAAGGAAAGCAACAAGCCCCAAGGCACUGUCAGGGCAGGCAGUGGAGGCAAUAGGGUGAGUGAAGAAAUGAGCCUGGACUCUCUGCAGUGGUCUUACCUGAAGGACAUUUACCGCUCUGCCAUCGAGGAAUUGUGCAGGAGUGCAGGUGUGCAGAUCUCAGAACGCUCCACCGGGGACUGCACGGUGCUGACGUUGCAGGCAGAGGACAGGACCAAGCUUCUCCAGGUGAAAUGGAAGGUGGAAACUCUUGUGCAGAGGUGUCCUGACCUUGUGUGUCAGAGCAUGAGCUACUCAGAGCUUGCUGUCGAAGGGCCGGAUGACGAUGCCCUGAGUGAGCUGUGCAGCCUCUUGCGAGGAAGUUCCCUGCAGGUUGGGCUCAACAAAGACAAGUACAAGCUCUGUCUCGCCUGCCCCAAGGAGAUGCUGCCAGGAGUGACUGAGGCCUUCCAGGUGUUUUCUUCCAGGAGGCUCCAUGCUCUGAAGUCUUCAUCCUUGUCUCCGGGAGCAGAGAGAGCUUCGAGCCCGGGGCACCAAAGUGCUGUCCAGCCGAGCAGAAGCCAGGACACCGUGCUGGGGGCAGCCCUUCCCGACAGCCUGGAGUCCCUGCAGAUGGGCCUGCAGCACCUGGACAUUAGAGAUAAAGCAGAGCACUCGGAGGUGGUCAGGGCUUUCAAGCUGCCAGAGGCUGAGGAAAAGAGGUCCCCGAGUCCUUGGAGGUUCCCGCAAGCAGUGGGACAGGAGGAGGCCAAUGACCACGUUGAUCCUGGGGCUGUGCACGGAGGAAGCGGCCUUCUCAGCCCUCCCGUAGCGGACAACCCAAGUCCUGGUGCUCCGAGGGAGCCCCAGGAGCAGCCGAAGGCCAAACUGUCGCCGGGGGAACCUGACAUUGCGCGGCUAAAGCAGGUCUUGCCAGACAAAUUCCAGUUUGCGAGAGACAGGAGCAGAGGAGGUCCCAGUGACGCCGGGGGACAGCUGCGGUCACCAGUUCCCACAGCUGAAGGUGCACCUCGCUCCCUGCCCACCUGGCUCUAUGGGGCUGCAGCUCCUGAACCGCCCCAGGCUGCGGCCGAACAGUCACCCGCAGCGGAGUCAAGGGGCCAGGAAAGGAGCAGUUCGAGCAGGAACAGCACACAGGAGGAGCCUGAGCCAUCAACACCGCAGAAAAGAGGCCCCAGCCCUGGCCAGGAAAGCAGCAAGACCCCCCUGGGCUGGUGCGAUGCUUGCCAGGACUCACGUGUGACCUGCCAGGCCCCCUGUGGUCACACCUUGUGCAGGACGUGUUUUGCAGCAGAGCAGCCAGCUUGCUGUGGCUCCUCCUCGGUUCCCCCGAGCUUCAAGGUCCCAGGGACAUUCAAGAUCUCCUCCUUGUCUCAGAGCUUGCCUGGCUACUACCGGGACCUGACGCUACAGCUUACCUACACCAUCCCCGACGGCGUGCAAGGGGUUGGUCACCCCCAUCCAGGACAGCCUUACAAAGGGGGAUGUUUCUUCGCCUUCCUUCCUGACAACAGGGAAGGGCAGAAGACAGCAGUGCUGCUGAAGAGAGCAUUUGAGCAAGGGCUGACAUUCCAGAUAAAGUCCUACAACGGAGAAGACAGAGUGACAUGGGGCCUUAUCCCUCACAAAACCUCCUGGCAUGGAGGCAAAGCCAGGAACGGCUAUCCAGAUGCCCAGUAUCUCCACAAGGUUUGCACAAUUUUGAAGAAAUUGGGCAUCGACUGAGACGCCCCGCCUGAGCGGCUGCAUCCCAUGCCUUCGCUUCACCUUCCGUCCCAGCUGACAAAAACUGCAGCUCAACACGGCUCAGGAAAAAGCAGGUGCUCGUCCAAGGAGCUCAUUGCAUCCCCGGAGGUUGCCAGAAACCUGCACGUUAGUGACAGCAGCCCUUCCAUCCCCCAGAGCCUGAGCUUCCCCAAAACUCCAGCUCCUGCUGGCUGCUUAUCUGCACCAGCCAGUUAACUACCAGCUUGUUCCAACACCAGAUCCAGGCUGAGCCCCAGCGCAGCUUUUGACAGGGUGCCAAAAAAACAAGCCCGGGCAGGAGCCUGCUUGUAGUCCAGCCCCACCUUCUGUAGGUCUGUUCCCCCUCUUGCCACUGCAGGCAGGCUCCAGGUCAGCCACCUCCUGAGCCUGAGCCAGAGCUGCGCUAUCGUUAAUUUCGGAUGUUAAUGUAGACAUUUCAGCCCUCGAGCAGACAGCUCUGAGCUACAGCCCCUCCCCAGCACCUGCUCUGGGGACAGCAGGAAGCCUUAUGCUCUCUUGGAGGGGGUACUAACGGGUUUCAGCUCCUCGGACAGCUGCUUCCCCUGAGAAUAUACAGGCAUGGACAGCUUCCAGGUGGAAAAACACAAAUAAACAAGAUUUAUUCCCACA